GAUUUGAAAUGGAGUGAGUUCCUUCAUUACCAAAGUGAAGAAGAUGAAAUGCUUGUUCUUGAAAUGCUACAACCUAAUAAGAAUUUGAAAGAACUUAGAAUUUUGUUCUAUGGUGGUAAAAGAUUUCCAUCUUGGUUAGGAGAUCCCUCAUUAAUUAAUGUUGUGGAAGUAAAACUCCAUAACUGUAGUAGAAGCAUGUCACUUCCUUCACUUGGGAGACUGCCAUCAUUGAAGACAGUGUCCAUCCAAGGCAUGAACAGAGUCAGAGAGGUGGGUUUUGAGUUCUACGGAGAUGAUUUGCUGUCUACUAGGUGGUUUCCAUCCUUAGAAGUUUUAUGCUUUCGGAACAUGUUAGAAUGGUAAUGCUGGUCUUCUCCUCAAGAAGCUAAUGUGAAUUUAGAUGAUGGAUUUCCUUGUCUUCGUGAGCUCGUGAUUCAAGAUUGUCCAAAACUGAUUGGAAACCUACCAAGCUGCCUUCCUUCCCUUGCGAAGCUUAUCAUUAGUGAUUGCCCCACGUUGGGGGGUUCACUUAUGAGCUUGCCCUCCCUUCGUGAACUAAAAAUUGAAGACUGCAACAAGGUAAGGCUGGAAAAUAUUGUUGAUCUUACUUCCCUAACCACAUUGAGGAUUCAGGGCAUAAGGGACCUUUCAUGUUUGCCACAAGAGAUUCUAAAGUCUCUAGGUGCACUUCAAAUCCUUGAGAUUUCAAAUUGCACUGAACUGAUAUAUUUGUGGCAGAAGGGCAGUGCACUGAAAAACAUUGCUUCUCUCGAGCAUCUGAAAAUUAAAGGCUGCUCUGAAUUUGUGUCUCUAGUGGUAAACGAGCAAGGCCUUCCUUGUAGUUUGGAAGAUAUGGAAUUGAUGAACAAUGGCAACUUGGAGAAACCAUCCCUCAAAAGCUUGCAAAUUGAAUCAUGCCCAAAACUUUUAUCCUUUCCUGAGACAGGCUCCUUAUCCACUCUUAGACGUAUUAAGCUCAAAGAUUGUGCAGCUCUUAUAACCUUGCCUGAUUGGACAGCAAUGCUUAACUGCAGGACUACUGACUAUCUUCUUCAAGACUUGGAGAUUGAAGAAUGUCCUUCCCUCACAUCCUUUCCAAGAGGCAUCUUGCCUAGCAGGUUGCAGAGAUUGAAAAUCCGGGGUUGUAGAGAUCUACAAUCUCUACCUGAAGGAAUCAUGCAGAAUGAUUACAGCACAAACAUCUCUCAUCUUGAGAGCUUGGAGAUCGUUGAUUGCCCCUCUCUAACUUGCUUUCCUGAAGGCAUAUUACCAUUUAGUCUUAAAACACUAAAGAUUUCAGAUUGCUCAAAGCUGGAGCCACUUUCAGAGCAGCUGUUACACAACAAUGCAUCCCUUGAAUACAUCGGUAUGUGGAAUUAUGCUACUCUUGAAUAUUUGCCUGAAUGCCUACAUUGCCUUGCACAUCUUACUGAGUUAAUUAUAAGUAGCUGUCCGGCUUUAAUCUCCUUCCCAGUGACAGCCCUCCCCCCUAACUUGAAAACGUUAGAAAUUGACAACUGUGUCAAUUUCAAAUCUAUGCCAGAGAGGAUGCAAAAUCUUGCUUCUCUUCAAUAUCUAACAGUUUGUGACUGUCCAAGUCUUGUGACCUUUUCUCAAGGUGGUUUGCCCCCUCAAUUAUUGUUACUUAAGGUCUGGGAUUGCAUAUAUCUGAAGGAGCCAAUGUCAGAAUGGAACCUAAACUCCCUAACCUCUCUUGAAAAGCUCAUCAUUGCUGGUACCCCUGAUAUAGCUUCCUUCCCGGAUGAAAAUUGUUUGCUUCCUAUGAGCCUCACUUUUGUUUCCAUUGCAAGACUCAACAAUCUGGAAUCUCUAUCCUCAGCACUGCAAAACCUGACCUCACUCGAAGAACUAGAAGUUGUUGACUGUCCAAAGUUGAGACACUUGCCAAGGGAAGGCCUGCCUGCAGCACUUGGAAGACUUUGUAUCAGAAACUGCAAACAUUUAAAACGAAAAUGCUUGAAGAAGACAGGAGCUUACUCGACGAGGGUAGCCCACAUUCCCAACGUGGAGAUAGAAUGGUAAUCUCCCCAUGUUCUCAGUUAUGUUUAGAUCAACUUUUAUUAGACUACUUUCUUUGGUCGACUUUGGCCAUACAGCUGCAUGAUUUGUCUCCUAAUGAUCAUUCCACUGCAAUCGCAGAUUAAAUUCAAAAAGGACAGCAGAUGUUCAAUAAACUCUUGCAAGAUGUUUUUGGGGUAAUAUUAUGAUUGUUUUUUUCCAUUUGUUAUGAACGUAUCUUGAGCAUAAGUUAAGUUGCAGCCAUAGAUUUCUUAUAUUUUCAACUUGUGCAGAUUGCACAUUUUCUACAUACAGAUGGAAGGAAUAUCAGUGAUCCACAAACACAUUUACUCAAGAUUGAAGAAUAUAUACAGAGAGUGAUAAUCCAUAACCAUUACCUCUGAUGGUCAUGUCAUGGGGACCUUCUUUCUCAUAACUUUAUGCUUGCAUUAAUCGAAGUCAAUCUCAAAAGAAUUUGGAAUAAAGAAGUCUGCAGUUUGUGAUACAUCCUGAAUUCUGUUUUUGAUUAUGAGAUCUAUGAACUGUGUUUAUUUCAUUUCCAGGUAAAUAGAUUUGAAUUUCUUGU